AUGAAUGGGAAUUUUUGCGAUUUUGCCUUAGCGAAGUCGCUGUUCAAGGAUUCCGAAUUACGAGUCGUUUUACACUGCAAUGAGUCCGCCAAUGUCACUGUUACGUAUCAGUGGGAGCAGAGUUACUGUUCACCUGACUACUUCCAUUACUUGGAUGAGCAUGUAGUUGAAUGUCCAAAUCUGAUGUACAGUGUCCCACAGAGUGAACUGUUGAAUAUCAGUAUGGUCCAAGUUAAGAAGUACACAUGUCAUAGUAAAGAAUCAGUAUUCCUCCAAGAUGAUAAGAACAAGAUUUCUGAAGGCACAAAGAAGCAACUUGGGGUUUCUUCAUCGAAAAUGCCGCCCCUCAUUGUUGUGGAAAGAGAAGGCAUAUAUGUACUUAGAAUGUUAGUGCAAUCAAAUAUUGAAACUCCCUUAAAUCUGUCUGUCGGUGUGGAGAUGGUAGCCCCCUCUGGUUAUUUAUCGGCAGCUCUGUGGCCCCUCUUACCUUUUUUUGGUGUGAUGUGUGGAGUCUAUACAAUAUUAUGUACUGCAUGGCUGAUAGUGUGUGCGUUGCAAUGGAGGGAUCUGCUUAGGAUUCAGUAUUGGAUUGGGGGUGUAACGCUCAUGGGCAUGAUUGACAGUGCUACUUACUACGGAGUGUAUUCAUCAAUCAAUAGAACUGGAUACUUCAGUACCGAAGUAUACAUGUUUGCUGAAUGGGUGUCAGUAGCAAAAAGGGCACUCGCUCGAAUGUUAGUCAUUAUAGUAUCUCUAGGAUUUGGUAUAGUAAAGCCGCGGCUGGGGCCCGCGUUGCAGCGCGUGGUGGCAGCGGGCCUGUGCUGGGCGCUGCUCGCCGCCGCCGAGGCGUGGCUGCGGCUGCGGCGGCGCGCGGAGAGGGCGCUGCUGCUAGCGCAGGCGCCCCUCUCGCUGCUCGACAGCGCCAUCUGCUGGUGGGUGUUCGUCUCGCUCGCGCACACGACGCGCACGCUGCGCCUGCGCAGAAACACCAUCAAAUUGUCGCUGUACAGACACUUUACGAACACACUGAUAUUUGCAGUCAUAUCUUCUGUGAUAUUUAUGGUGUACUCCCUCAAGUCGUACAGAAUUCAGAUGUGCAUCACUGAGUGGAAGGAAGUGUGGAUGGACGAGGCGUAUUGGCACAUGCUGUUCGCGAGCGUCUUAGCCGUAAUAAUGCUACUGUGGCGGCCCACCAACAACAACCAGCGAUAUGCCUUCACACCGCUGCUCGACUACGCCGAGGACGAUGAAGACGAGGAGGAGGAACAGUUCGUGAACGACGCAUACGGCGUGAAGAUGCGCGGUACCAGCUCCGAAGCGCCAAAACCGCCGCCGGAGCCCCUCGACGAGCUGCGCUGGGUCGAGGAGAACAUCCCCACCAGCUCGCUCCCGCUGCUGGAUUCGGACGAGGAGAUCGUCAACACCAAGUUCGAGGUCUCAAAAAUGCAA